UGUGAGGCAGCUCUUGUCCCUUAUGUCUCUUUGUGGGGAACAGAACAGACUUCCCAGAGCACCACUGGAGACAAGACAGAGCUCUUGGGAGGACACCCCAGGUGCAGACCUCCCCGCUACCAUUUCCUCCACUACUGCCACUGGAUGCCAAAAUGAGCACAGGGAGAGGAGACACAGACCUACUCGAACUGGGGUAAAACAUCCAGAGGUCCAAAACAGGAGGUGGAACUUUAACAGCUGGACAAGCCAAGAGGUCAAUCUUGAGUUGAAGGCGACAUGAUCAGCUUGAUCAACAGCUUCAAAAUCAGCGCGGGACCGGAUCGCUGAGAAAAAGGUGGAGUCCUAAUUUGAGCUUUCAGUUUCUCUUUAGAAAAGUUUUGUUAAAGAAGAAUCAACAAAGUACUCUCUAUCUUUUGUAGCUAUUAAGGAUGAAAGCACCAUAUGAAAUUCAUACAAAGGACACAAAGAGGAUCAUUUAUCUUGUUUUUAAUCAUUUUUAUCCAUUUUCAGAGCACUUUCCAAAAUUGUCGUUUGUGGUAUGAAAUUGAGAUGCUCUUUAAAAAACAUCUUGAAGGGUCACGACUGUUCUCUUAAUUCAGCAGCCAGGCGUUUAUCUUAUUUCGCCAGCUCCUUCUGAGAGGGAGCUUUAAAGACUUCAUUGAUAGUGCUCUUGGGAAGCGGCUAAAAUUUCUUAUGUGAAGUCUUGAACCUUAACAGCUGUUGACUAGAGAGAGAGAGAGAGAGAGAGAGAGAGAGAGAGAGAGAGAGAGAGAGAAAGAGAGAGAGAGAGAAAGAGAGAAAAGUGCCACAUACAUAAGAAAAUGAUGUGUAGCUGUUCUCCAUGUGGGAAAAGUCUGUAUCUGGACUAACUUUGCGGUGGAGCGUUACGGAAAGAAGAAAUGUUCACAGGGUGGGGAGUGGUCAGUGGCCAGAACCAGUACCUGAUCAGAGAUGCUGUCAGGCCCCAUCCCGGACUAGAGGUGAACAGACCGAUCCACAUGGAGAAUGGGGUAACCCCGGGGACCUGCUCUGUCUACCAGGAUCAAACCUACAGCAAUGCUGGCCAGCCAGCAGUGGUUAGCAAUGUUCCCAGCCCACUAAAGCCAACACCACCACUACCAGUCCCUCCCCCUGCACUCAAAUUAGGGCAGGAAGGGUUUAAGAAAGUCUGCCGAACUGAGGAGGACAGCCCCUGUCCCUUUCCAGGACUGGCCUCUGGGGUGCUGGAGAUGCGCGUGAAGGAGGGGAGCAAGAUCCGCAACUUAAUGGGAUUUGCCAUGGCACGGAUGCAAGGAGAGAAGGGUGUAAGUGGGGGAGAUGUGAGUGGUGGUGGGCUCAGGCAGGUGGUCUUCACUGGGUCAGGCCGUGCGGUCACAAAGACCAUCACUUGUGCUGAGAUCAUGAAACGAAAAGUGGGCUCUCUGCACCAGCUGACCAAACUGCAGUACAAAGUGGUGAAAGAGGUGUGGGAGAGUAGUGAAGGGGGGACAUCGGAGAUGACGGUGCACAGGACUGUGCCCUCCAUCAGCAUCCUUCUUUCCAAAGACCCACUGGAUCCCCAGGAACCGGGCUAUCAGCCUCCAGAGACUCUCAGUGCAUUGUGGGAGGAGGGUGUCGAACCUGCCUCACAGACAGCAUGCAAGAGACCUCUUGGACCUUUGCCAUACAGCAGUUUCCCUCACCGUAAGAGAGUGUGUUUGGGGGAAGGAGUCUCAGUGCACCCUCCUCACUGACUUGCUGACUUGCUGGUGUCAAACAGUGGAGAGGAUUGAAUCAGAGGAGUUCAUUUGGCGCUGCCCUCCACUCAAGCACAACGCUGAGACAAUCAGAACACUCACUCAGACAGAACAGUGCUUUCUCAGAAGAACUGAGUACCAAUUUCAACCUCCAGAGGUCAGUUUGACUGGGACCUGAAAGCUUGCCUCUGUACAUACAGCAUUUAAGGGAUGUGUUUCUCGGCACGUCCAACAUAGUCCCUCACAACCACAUAAUUGUGAUGUGUGCUACCAUGCUAUAAAAUCUUUUAACAGAUUCACAUCCCAUUUCACACUGACAAAAGAAAAAGCCAUGAAUUGCACAGGAUCCAGAUUCCUGCUUGCAGUAAAGUACCUACAGCCUGUGGAUGAAAUCAUUUAUUAGCAUCAUGUUGCAAUCAUUUUUAUUCCUCCAUACUCUUACGUGUAGCCCUUAAAAAUGCACAAGGUAGACCCAACAAUAUACAAAAAAAAGUGUUUAAAGCCACUGAUGGUAUGACAAAUGCAAAACAUACCAAUUUUAUUUAUCUGAUUAUUAAUUCUCAUGAAAACUAAAUCAAAUAAAUUGUUUUUUUUCCACAAUGGAAAUUUUGUUUUGUAUUUCAUCUUUCUUACUCGCACAUCAUUGAAUUUGCAAAGCUCUGAUUGAACAGAAAAUCACAGUGUGCUGAUCUUUUGAUAAGAAUAACGGCGGUGAAAUUUGUCUGUAGAAAAAGCUGAUUAAAUGACAAAGCUGUUGAUAAGGCACAGCUCCUAAACCAACCCAGCCUGACAGAAAUGCCUAGGGCAGAAAUACGGGCCCAGAUUAUCAUUAAGAUAACAAUAUAACAUAACACAACACAGUGGAGAAAAGGAUUAAAACUAGGCUUGACAGAGCUUCACACCACACUGUUCCUGUAAAAUACAGAACCACGGCAACGCGCUAUACUCCUUCCCCUUUCAGCCAAUAGGCCUAACUACCCACCAGAUCUAUAGGAAAGAACAGUCUACCUCUUCCUCAGUUUCUGCCUUUACUAAAGC